AUGCAAGACACCAAGCCCACCAUUGUCUUGGUCCCGGGCGCCUGGCUCCCGUCCACGGCGUAUGCCGAGUGGACCGCCAGGCUGGAGCAAGAGGGUUACCCGGUGCUGGUCACAGCGUACCCGUCAUUUGAUGCUCCAGAUCCACAGCACGCCGAUGUAGCCGGGGACGCGGCGGCGAUCCGGACGACGCUCUCGCGGCUUGUCCAUGACAAGAGCAGGGACGUGGUCCUCGUGAUGCACUCGUACGGCGGGAUGCCGGGGUCCUCGGCAGCUCGCGGUCUCGGCGCGGCAGAGAGGAGGCGGACCGAGGAUCCUCUCGCUCCUCGUGGUCACGGCGGCGGCAUAUUGGGCCUCGUCUAUGUGACUGCCUUUAUCGUGCCCGAAAAUACCAGCUGCGCCGGCAUGACGGGCGGUAAGCUGGCACCGUGGGUCCAGGACGACACGCCGGGGCCGGGGCUAAAUGUACCUCAAGACCCCGGCAACAUGUUUCGGCAUGGAUUCACAGCCGUGGAGGCCGACAGACUCGGGGCCUUGUGCCGACCGCACGCUACGCUGGCGUUUACGAGCAUACAGCCGCCUUCGGCAUUGAGUCUGGGCGAACAUGCCUGGAAGGGCAGAUUAGGGUAUCUCAAGACUGCCAGAGACGACGAGAUACCCGAAGCAGCACAGGAUGCCAUGAUGCACAGCGUCGGUCAGGAUUGGAUCGCGAGGUCGAUUAAUGGUAGUCACAUGUCUCCAUUUGGUGGGCAGUACCUAGAGCAGAGCAUCAAGAUUCUCAUGGAGAUGAUCGAGGCAUUCACGAGCGCCAAUACAGAUUAG